AUGCGCACUGCCACGGCCCUCCUCCUCGCGCUCACCUCCCUCCUCCCCCCCACCGCCCUCGCCUCCAGCAGCAGCAAAGACUUCACCGGACUCGGCCAGCUGCGCACGCUGUACAUCGGCGCGGACCACGACGACCUGGGCUGCGUGACCAGCAGCGGCCAGUGGACGACGGACGAGGCGCAGUGCGGCUUCUUCUCGGUCGAGCCGCUGCCCAACGGCCAGUUCCAGCUCUUUGCCCCGCAGGCGAGCGGCGGGUGCGGGAUCGAUGUCGCGACGUUUAGGUGUGGCCGGGGGGUGAAGGGCGCGACUUUUGGGACUUUUGGAAACUCGGGACCUAUUCCCGGCCGGCAGGUGUUGAGGUACGCACAGUACGGCGUCCUGGCGACGAAUGCGCCCGACAGCCCGCCUUCGCCAGAGGAUGCGCCGUUGGAUAUGCACUUCUACAGCGGGAGCGAGAAGGGCAAGUGGGUGUGGCUGGGGUGGAAGCCCCUGUAUAAUGGGGAUGAGGCGUAA